CAAAAAAAAAUUAUAAUGGGCCUGGCCCGGCCCGGCCCGGACCCGGACCGGACCCGGUGGUUACCCGGGCCGGUCCCGGGUCCACCAUUUCUGACCCGCCGGCCCGCCCGGGCCUAGGCCCGACCCGGACUCGGCCCGGACCCGAGUCCAACCCUAACCCUUACAAUGACUUGAAACCUUCUAUUUAUACUAAUGGAGAGCAUGGGCUGCCUCUUGCUGAUUGGCCGUUGUUCCACCGACUUGGUCAUCCAUGCUUCCACUUGCUGAUGUCACAGUCUGGCAUUAACUGCACCUGGCCACUUGCUGGUUGGCCGUUGCUCGAACGGGAUGUUGGUCCAUACUGAAGAAGCUGUCAACUUGGCCCAAGUAUAGUAAAUAGUCCGAACCUCGUUCGGUAUGUCUUCUUAUUGGGCCAACCUUUAUUUGGGCCGAACCCCGUUCGGUAUGUCUCCUUACCGGAUCUUCUCAUCAUAGAGUGAUGGGCCGGAUAUCUUGGGCCUUCCCGAUCUGGGUAUUGGGCCUCUAGGUCAAUAUCCCAACACAAGUCCCCCACUUCCGAUGUCUCGAACGAAGUGAGUGCAUCAGGAAGUAUACCAAUGUCACAAUACCCCGAAUGGCGAUCGGGGUACAGAAGUAGCCAGUUCCCCAUGCUGCGAUUUGACGGCUGCCGCUUCAUUUCCCCAUAUUCAUCAUGAUAACCGUCGUUUAGUCUUUUCAUUAGACGCGUGUCUAGCUUAAAUGCCCCUAGUGAUGUGUCGCUCUCUGAUUGGCUCUCGACACGGCGGUUUCAAGGCUAUAAAUUAACCCUUAAUUCCUCAAUUCCGGGUUUUCGACUCUGCAAUUCCUUGGCCUUCGUUGUUUUCUCUGCAAAUUUCCCUCUGCUUUCCUUGCUCAGGUAACUUCCCAACCUUGGAUUCCCCACCUUCAUUUCUGGCUUCGAUCGAGAUGAGCCUCACAGAGCAUUCUUCUGAUUCGGAGAUGGCCUCUCACGGGGAUGACCGUGACACCACCAUGAUAGACGCCAUCCCAGUUCCGUUUGCCGGUGUUUCUACCGAGAUGGUGACGAAUACCAGGGCUGAGGCGGAGGACCUCCCUAGCACUUCUUCUUCCUCUAGUGAGGAUUCUGACGACACCAAGUCUGAGGACGAAUUGGCCUCCAUGGCGGCCGGACGUCCCAACGAUGUUCCUCGCCAUACUCUUGACCUAAAAUUGAUUAGGGAGAGGAGGCAAAAAUUGACCUCUCACAAUAGGGCCGAAAUCCCGGCCCUUAUCCCUGACCCGGUGGAUUUCCGUUUGCAAGCCGGGCUUCAUCCGAUGCGUCAUAGGCCCGGAAUGACCAUAGUCCACUUUGACUCAAUUAGGGCCGGUCUUAGAUUUCCGCUACACCCUUUCUUUAUUUCUUUCUUCAAUUUCUACGAAAUAGUACCGGCCCAGAUUAUGCCGAACUCUUAUCGAGCAAUGGCGGGUUUCAUUUGUCGUUGCAAAGAUGCCGGCGCCCGACCAACCUUAGAACUCUUCCACCAGUUCUUCAAAGUAGCCCCCCAACAAACCCAUGGCUAUGUGGCCACUAGUGCCCGAACGGGACACAUCCUGUUCAAAGGAAACCCAACUUCGAUCAAAGGGUGGAAAGACCGGUUUUUCUUCGUGUCCAUCCCGGACGGUCUGAUUCCCCGCAAGUGGAAUGCUUUUCCCCGCAAGACCCCUGAUCCUGUCCUGACUGAAGAAAUCUACAAGGACGUGCUCGCUGUGGAGAAGGAUAAAUGCAUGGACAUCAUGAAUUAUCUAACCCCCGAACGACUUAUAACAGCCGGGAUAGGUACUGCCCGUUCUCUUGGGUUUACUUGUUUUGAUAAACCAAGUGCCUUGGUCCGGGCGGUCCUUCCCGUGCGAGAAACGUUCCUUUAUUCUUUUUUUUAGUUUCUCACACGCUAGGGCCGCUCGAUACUAACAUUGUUCUUUGCCUUUUUUCAGCACCCAACCCAGAUCUUCUCAUGGAUGAUAGCAGAGUCAUCGCAGCCGGUGGAGGCGGAAAGCGGAAAAAAUCCCGGAAGAACCCCCAACCUACUCCCACCAUCGUUCCCGCUCAGGAGGCUGCCCCUUCUCAGCCGCCCCCAGAACCUCAGCCAAUUCAGCAGGUCCACCAAGAUCAAAUAGAGGCCAUGCUGCUUGAUGAUCGGUUUGGUUCUGACCAACUGCACCAAUUUUCCCAGCAUUUCGACUCCGUUCGGGGGGAAUCCUCGAAUGCUGGUGAGACACAUACCGACCACAUUACGGGUCAGGUCGAGCGGAUCUCCCUAUCCGACCCUGUUCACGAGGUUUUAGAGAGGACUGGAUCUACUGCGAGCCAGAUCUGGUCUACCUCCUCCUGGUUUAACAACUUUUCCCUCCCUCAGUUGCCGGUCGAGCAAUCUGAGGAAUGUUUGGCUCUGACUGCUCUGAAGAUGGGUUUGUACACCCUUCAGAUGCGGGAGGCCCGCCUGGCCAAGGAGCGGGAACUGAUCGUUGCCCAGUCUUCUGCUGAGCAACAUGCUGCUGCCAUCGCCUCUCUGGAGGCCGAACGGAAAGCCUUUGCGGAGGAAAAGCAGAGGCUGGACGCUAAACUUGGUACCCUCCGGGUCCAACUUGCAGCUUCCCAGGCGAAGGUCCUUGCCGCUGAGGCUGCCCAGGUCAAAUUUGAAGAGAUGCCAUCCAGCAUCCCGGACGGUCCUUAUGAAGUGAGCGUGGAUCUGUCCGCCGUCCGGGAUACGUUUAAAUCCUCUGAUGAAUUCUCCAUCAUCAAGGAUGAACACGCAAGGGCCCAGCACCCGUUCGCCUUUGGGGCGUAUUUAAAGGGUUUUCCCAAAGGCGCCGGCCGGCUAUCGGCAGGGGUGGCCCUCUUGGAUAAGGACCCGGAGGCCAAAAAAUGGAAUGAUUCCAUUGUCUCCGAUCUUUAUGGCAAAAUUGGCCAGGUCUUGCUGCGUCCCUUCGUCACUCAGCUUCAAACUCAAUUGGGGAGGCCGGUUCAGGCUUCUGAUCUCCCCUCAGAUGAUAUUAUCCAGGCGCAGUUUGAGAAAUUUCUGCGAGCCCAACAACGGGAAGCUGAUCGAGCUGCGGGAAAAGAGCCUGAACCCCCGUCUGAUGAUGAUGAGGAUGAAGAUGAAGAGGGAGAUGAAAUGGCCCACGAUCAAUAAUUCAUAUGUAUUGUAAUUCUUGUUUUAAUUUCCUUUUUUCCUAGCCUGUAUUUCCCGGUCAGUAGUACCGAUGAAUAUAUAUCCCUUUUUGCCUGAAACUUGGCGUACUGUCUUUUCUGUUUUUAAUGCAUGAUUUACUCGCCA